CAGCAGAGGUGAACGUGGGGGAAGUCGCUCUGCGGUGUCCGGAUGUGGACGUGGCACAGCGCUGCAGCAGUUCCGCUGAAUGUCCGCUUCUGAUACCAAGAAGGGAUUAGCGAGAAACACCCUGGGACGACAUCGGCUUCACAGUUUCACGGCCCCCGGGUUUCACAAUUCGAGCUGAAUAGAGGAUAGCCUUACUAUUUACAACACCUCGGAGUUUUAGGGAUGAACUGAGGAUGAAUGUAAACCAGCACACUCCAAUGGCCUCUCCAUAUGGCCAGCCCCAUCCUGGCUAUGGCCAGCCUGGCUACGCACCCCUGGAUGGAGGAUACCCCUCACCGUAUGCACCCUACAAUGGCCCUGCCUCAACCUACCAGCCUGGGGCUCCUCCACAAGGUUGUUCUCCUUUCACAAGCUUUCCCUCUAAGGCUGUGGCUGCCAACCCAGUCUCUGACCUCUCCUCUCCUCUUGACUUAGGUCCUGUCAGGGGUCCUCCCGCUUCUGGAGCCCCUCCAGUCUCAGCACCUCAGCCGUAUAAUCAGUACAGUCACAGCCAAGCAAACAUGCAGAAUGGACCCCCACUUAUGACGCAGGCACCACCCAGGCCUGCUGUGUCUCAGCCAUACAACCAGGGAGCUGUGAACCUGUCAGGGACACACCCCUCCUAUCCCCAGCACUAUGGUGCCCCACCCACAAUGCAGCAGGUCACAAACCAGAUGACUGGAAUGCAGAUAACCUCGGGACCGCCAACUCCUGCAGGGCCAGGAUAUGCUCCACCUCACAGCUCCCAGCCGCCUGCCAGUACAGCCUACUCAGCUGCACCACCGGCAUCUUUCACCCACACCCCUGCUCCUGCGUCCGCUGCCCCGACCCAGGCACCACCUCCCAGUGGCCCUGCAGCUUCUCAGCAAUACUAUGGAGGCCCACCACCUGCUUCUCAACAGCCAUUCAGCUCUUCUCUUCCCCCUACCUCUCAACAGCAGUUCACCUCUUCUGCACCGCCACCUCCCUCCUCCCAGCAAACUUUUCCCCCCACCUCCUACUCGGGUCCUGUGUCCCCACCCAGCCAAGCCCCUGCUCCCCCAGUGUCCCAGCCACAGCAGGCCUUUCCUCCAUCCCAGCCCCCCUUCUCUUCAGCACCUCCACCUGUCAGCCAGCCUGCCUUUGUGUCUGCCCCCCCUCCACCUGCUCAGGGUUCUUUCCCACCUAGAGCACCUCUCCCUUCCUCUCAGUCUGGGUCUUUCCCUCCUCCUGGUCCUCCUCCAACUUCACUUCCCUCUGGUCAGUAUUCAGGCCCCAUGCCACCACAACAGCAGCCCCCUCCAUCCCAGCCAUCCCCCUACCACUCAGGUCCCCCUCCUCCCAGUGCUCAGAUGCCUCCCACUUCCAUGGCCCAGAGCAACCACCUGCCUCCUGGACCACAGGGCCCACAUGGCCCACCUGGGCCCCUACAUCAGCCUCCGCCUCAGCCCGGCAUGCAGGGAGGAUACCCUCCUCAGCAGAAUGGUGCAUUUGGUCAGGUGAGAGGCCCUCAGCCCGGAUAUGCAGGCCCUUAUCCUGGGCAACCAAACUAUGGAGCUCCUGCACCAGCCCCUGCUCCUGCUCCCCCUGCACAGAAAAGACUUGACCCAGAUGCCAUUCCUAGCCCGCAAGCGUCUGACAUGCCGGCUGUGCAGAAAUCAAGACAUAGAAUAGAUCCAGACGCUAUCCCCAGCCCAAUCCAGGUAAUAGAGGACGACAAAGCUAAGACCACUGAGCCAUUCACCACAGGGGUCAGAGGUCAGGCUCCACCGCUGGUCACCACCAACUUCCAAGUCAAAGACCAAGGGAAUGCCAGUCCCAGGUUUAUCCGCUGUACGGCCUACAAUAUGCCUUGCACAGCCGAUAUGGCCAAGCAGUCUCAGGUGCCACUGGCCGCCGUCAUCAAGCCCCUCGCCACGCUGCCGCCAGAUGAGAGCCCUCCAUACCUAGUGGACCAUGGCGAGGGAGGUCCCAUCCGCUGCAACCGCUGCAAGGCCUACAUGUGUCCAUACAUGCAGUUCAUAGAGGGAGGUCGUCGCUUCCAGUGCGGGUUUUGCAGCUGCGUCUCAGAGGUGCCUCCACAUUACUUCCAGCAUCUGAACCACACUGGUAAAAGGAUGGACUGCUAUGACAGACCAGAGCUUUCACUGGGCAGCUAUGAGUUCUUGGCUACUGUUGACUACUGUAAGAACAACAAGCUUCCCCAGCCUCCAGCCUUCAUCUUCCUUAUCGAUGUGUCCUACAACGCUGUGAAGAGCGGCAUGGUCAGCAUCGUCUGCCAGGAACUCAAGACCCUCCUAGACUAUCUGCCCAGGGAGAAUCCAGAAAUGGACUCUGUGGUGCGAGUGGGUUUUGUCACCUACAACAAGGUUUUGCACUUCUACAACGUGAAGUCGAGCCUGGCUCAGCCCCAGAUGUUGGUGGUUUCAGAUGUAUCAGACAUGUUUGUACCCUUGCUGGACGGUUUCCUGGUUAAUGUCAGUGAGAGCCGGCUAGUUAUUGAGAGUUUACUUGACCAGAUCCCAGAGAUGUUUGCAGACACCAGGGAGACAGAGACUGUCUUUGGACCUGUCAUCCAGGCAGGCCUGGAGGCGCUCAAGGCUGCAGACUGUGCAGGGAAGCUGUUUGUGUUUCACACCUCUCUGCCCAUCGCAGAGGCCCCUGGGAAGCUAAAGAACAGAGAAGACAAGAAGCUUGUUGGGACAGAUAAGGAGAAGUCCCUGUUUCAGCCCCAGGUGGGUUUCUACAACACCCUGGCAAAGGAGUGUGUUGCCCAGGGCUGUUGCGUGGAUCUCUUCCUCUUCCCCAACCAGUAUGUUGACGUUGCCACAUUAGCAGUGGUUCCUGUCUCCACUGGAGGUUCUGUCUACAAAUACACCUACUUCCAGGCUCAGGCGGACAAGGAGCGAUUCCUGAACGACCUCAGACGAGACAUUCAGAAACUAGUAGGGUUUGAUGCUGUCAUGAGGGUGCGAACCAGCACAGGUAUCCGAGCGACUGACUUCUUUGGCUCCUUCUUCAUGAGCAACACCACAGAUGUGGAGCUUGCAGGCCUGGACUGUGACAAGGCCAUCACUGUUGAGUUCAAGCACGAUGAUAAGCUAAGCGAGGAGACAGGGGCACUCAUGCAGUGUGCCGUGCUGUACACCAGCUGCAGCGGCCAAAGGCGUCUCCGCAUCCACAACAUGGCGGUCAACUGCUGCUCUCAGCUGGCUGACCUCUACCGCAACUGUGAGACUGACACAAUCAUCAACUUCUUCUCCAAAUAUGCUUUCCGUGGUGUCCUCAGCAACCCCACGAAGGCGGUCAGAGACACUCUGGUCAAUCAGUGUGCUCAGAUUCUGGCCUGUUAUCGAAAGAACUGUGCAAGCCCCUCAUCGGCCGGUCAGCUGAUCCUCCCAGAAUGCAUGAAGCUGCUGCCGGUUUAUCUUAACUGUGUGCUGAAGAGUGAGGUGCUGCUGCCGGGAGCCGACGUCUCAUUGGACGACCGAGCCUACCUGAGGCAGCUCAUCAGCUGCAUGGAUGUCGCAGAGAGCCACGUCUUCUUCUACCCCCGCCUGCUGCCAGUGACAAAAUUGGAAAGGGGGUCGUUGCCAGUGGCGGUGAGGGACUCAGAGGAGAGGCUGUCUAAAGGUGGAAUUUACCUCCUGGAGAUGGGACUUCACCUCUUCCUGUGGGUGGGAGCCAGCGUUCAGCAGGAACUGCUGCUCAACAUCUUCGGAUCUCCGAGCUUCAGCCAGAUAGACCCGAGCUUGUCAAGUCUGCCAGAGUUGGACAACCCCUUCUCUCAGAGACUCCGAGAGAUCAUCGAGUCCUUCCGAGCUCAGCGAUCACGAUACAUGAAGCUGAUGGUGGUGAAACAGGAAGACAGAUCCGAGCUGAUGUUCAGGCGCUUCUUGGUAGAGGACAAGAGCGCCAGCGGUGGAGCAUCAUAUGUGGACUUCCUGUGUCACAUGCACAAGGAGAUCCGCCAGCUUCUCAGCUAGGCCUACAAAUUCCCACCCUCACUUGUAUGACCCACCCUGGUUCAGCCCUCCUUGUAAAAGAAAGCGCUUUAUUUUCUUUCUUUCUUUUUUUUUUUUUUUUUUUUAAAUCUAAUAAACUAAAGCUCUCCUUGCUGUCUGUCAGUGUCAGAUACCAGCUGACAGAUCUUGUCGUGCGUGUGUGUUUGCGUGCAUGUGUGAGAGAGAGAGAGUGAGUGUGUGUGUGUGUGUGUGUGUGUGUGUGUGUGUGUGAUGUUACCAGAGCUUUACUCUGCCUCAAAUUUACUGCUCCAGUACAGCAGGAGCAAAAUAACUGACGAGGGAGGGUAAUGUAUAUACACAAGUGAACAAUUAUGUAUGCAACAGACUGAGUGAGUGUCAGAGAUGUCUGAUGUUGACUGUAGUCGGUGUCCUGUCCGUAUUACUAGCACUGAAAGGCUGUUCUGGGUGAAUAAUCGACCCUCAGAUAGCAAACACUUUUUAUAUGAUUAAAUCCUAAUAGAGUGAAGGGCAUCUAAAUACUAAGACAUAAAUGGAAUUAAAUAAAUGCUGUUCUUUCUGUCUCUUCUCUCCUUUAAUCAUGGCCUUAGUAUCCCCCCUCCCCAGGCUGUUCCAAUCAUUCAUACUGUGCGUGUGCGUGUUUGUGUUUGCAGAUGUGAGAGGUUUCGUUUAUGGCCCAGUCUCAUUUCCCGGUGUGUCUCCAGGUGUAUGCAUCUGAACUGAACCUCAGAUUUAAAGCUCAAACCGGAGUCCGAUGAGCUUUCACCUACAGAGAGCAUGAAAUGUUACAUCUGGCUUUCGGUGUCCACCCGUUAUCUGAAAAUAGAGGUGCACACGUCUGCUGUGACUGUCAUUACAGUAAAUCAGCAUCAGUUGAGUUUUGUCAAGCACAUGGCUCACAUGUUUGGUCACCGAUGAACCAGAUGUUGCGAUUCCGUUAUGAGAGGGAGCUUUCAUUAGUUCAAAGUCUAUGCAGCAGAGAGGCCAGAUACAAAAUGACAAAAGACAAAAAGAAGGACAGCUGUGAAUGUUUGAUCUUGGCAUCACAGCAGCGGCACCUCCUCACGAUUAGCUUGUGGAUGAUUCUGUCUGUUGAUGACAUAGUGCUGCAGACUUUAUAUUCAUCAAAAUUGUACAAAAUAAAAAACAAAAAAAAAAAAAAGAAGCAAUUUCCAGCAGACAGAAAUGAGCACAGAA